AAUCGCUUCCAGUUCCAACAAAUCAGAGCCCCCCUCAACUCACAAAAAAUAAAAUUUCCCCCCUUUGUCCCACCCUGGUUCUUGGUUCUUGGAGUUUAUAGAAUCAUUCCAAACUUGCAAAGUUUGACCUCUGCCAACUUCCCCUCUUGGAGGAGGCGGGGAAGAACAGUCGCCGGCGGGGAAGGCUGGUGAUUUCGCCGGAUGCGGUUGCGGCGGAUUGGAUCGGAAAGGAGGCAUCUUGGAAGCAGUUCGUGGAAUUCGUAGCAACUCUGAAGGGGGAAAGCUGCAGUUUUUUCAACUCCUCCCUAUUGCGUGCGUGGAGUGGAGCCACCUCGCCUUCUCCGCCUCCGGGACCUGGCCAUAGCGUUGGCGACUCGACGGGUGGACAGGUAUCCAAUACCCACAGUGCAAAAGGGGCCAGUGACAGGAACUCGGGAAGCAGUGGAAACAAAGGCCAAAAAAAACAACAAAAGGUAUCUGCAUCAAGCUCUGUGUGGUUAUCAGAGAAGAGAGCUUUGCUGAAUUCACAGAGCAGCAGGGAGGAGAGAUGGCGAAGAAGAAGCUGAAGAAAUUGCAUGCCAAGGAUGCACUAGAAUUUUUCAACCAGGUCAUGGUGGAGCAGCCCUUGCUCCCCUUCCUGGUCCCUCUUGUCUUGUUUGCAUGGUUUGUUGAACGAUGGGUUGUGCCAUUCUCAAACUGGGUUCCCCUGUUGGCUGCUGUAUGGGCAACAAUUCAGUAUGGGAGGUUUAAAAGGAGGUCAGCCAUAGAAGAUUUGAACAAACGAUGGAAGCAUCUUAUACUGAAUACAACACCUACGACGCCAAUAGAGCCUUGCGAGUGGUUGAACAAACUUUUGGUAGAAGUUUGGCCCAAUUAUAUGGAACCAAAACUGUCAAAGAAGUUUCAAUCUACUGUUGAGAAACGUUUAAAGCAUCGAAAACCAAAACUAAUAGAUAAAAUAGAGUUACAGGAAUUCUCACUUGGUUGUUGUCCACCUACCUUGGGGGAGCAUGGGAUGCGCUGGAUGACUUCAGGUGACCAGAAAGUCAUGCGCUUGGGUUUUGAUUGGGACAGCAAUGAGAUGAGUGUAAUGUUUUUGGCAAAAUUAGCAAAACCACUGAUUGGCGCUGCUCGAAUUGUUAUAAACAGCAUUCACAUCAAGGGAGAUCUUCUACUGUUACCCAUCCUUGAUGGUGAAGCUAUUCUUUAUUCUUUUGAAUCCACUCCAGAAGUCAGGAUAGGAGUGGCAUUUGGAAGUGGUGGAAGCCAAGCAGUUCCUGGUAUGGAGCUACCCGGUGUCUCAACAUGGCUGGUUAAGCUUUUGACCGAAACCAUAGUGAAGACAAUGGUUGAGCCUCGCAGAUUGUGUUUUUCUUUGCCACCAGUAGAUUUAAGGAAACGAGCAGUUGGAGGUGUUCUUUCAGUCACAGUUGUUUCAGCUAGUAACGUUGGGAGAAACACAACUAAUGAAAUAGGGAUCCGCCAAAGCUCAAGUGGAGGUUCUACAUCUGGAAUUGCUGAUAACAAGGUAUCACAGACAUUUAUUGAGGUAGAAGUUGGUAGUUUAGUGAGAAAAACAAGUACAAGCAAGGGUCCAAACCCUGCAUGGAAUAGCACAUUUAACCUGGUAUUGCAUGGAGAGACAGGUGUUGUCAAGUUCAAUCUGUAUGAAUUGGACUCUGGUGGUGUUAAGGUCACCUACUUGACAAGCUGCGAGAUAAAGGUCAAGUAUGUUCUAGAUGAUUCAACAAUAUUUUGGGCUAUAGGACAUAAUUCUGGUGCUGUUGCAAAACGUACUGAGCUUUGUGGACAAGAAGUUGGAAUGGUUGUUCCAUUUGAGGACAUCAGGGGCGAGUUAACUGUCACUCUUGUGCUAAAAGAAUGGCAAUUCUCUGAUGGCUCAGUUACGUUGAGCAAUUCUCUGAGCAACGGAUCCCACUCUUCAUUUGAUGUAUCGCCCAAGCUUCAGUCCAGAACAGGACGGAAACUCAGAGUUGCAGUAGUUGAGGGUAAAGCCCUUGCAGUUAACGGUAAAUCUGGAAAGUGUGAUCCAUAUGUGAAAGUGCAGUAUGGAAAGGCUCUAUACAAAACAAAAACACUAUCUCAUACAACUCGACCGGUUUGGAAUGAUAAAUUCGAGUUUGAUGAGAUCACUGGUGGUGAAUAUCUCAAGAUCAAAUGCUAUAGUGCAGAUACAUUUGGAGACGAAAGCAUUGGCAGCGCAAGAGUAAAUCUAGAAGGACUUUUAGAUGGUGAUAGCCGUGAAGUAUGGGUUCCACUUGAAAAGGUGGAUUCAGGAGAGAUCAGGCUUCAAAUAGAGCCAAUAAAGAGUGAUUUCAACGGUAUCCUGAAGACUUCAAGUGGUAGAGUUGAAGCUACCUGGAUUGAGCUAGUGAUAAUUGAAGCUAGGGAUCUUAUUGCUGCUGAUCUCAGAGGCACUAGUGAUCCUUAUGUCAGGGUGCAUUAUGGGAGCAAGAAGAAGCGAACUAAGGUUGUUUACAAAACACUCUCUCCAGAUUGGAACCAGACAUUUGAGUUUCCAGAAACAGGAGAACCCCUGAUUUUACAUGUCAAGGACCAUAAUGCAGUCCUUCCAACUGCUAGUAUAGGCCAAUGCACUGUCGAAUACAGCAUGCUUCCUCCAAAUCAGCCCGCCGUAAAAUGGAUACCACUCCAAGGAGUAAAAAGCGGAGAAGUCCAUGUAAAGAUCACGCGAAAAGUACCACACUUGGAGAAGAAAACAAGCUUUCAGACUGAUGCAUCUUCCCUUGGCAAAGGGCACAAGAUAUCAUCGCAGAUGAGAGAUAGCCUGAAGAAAUUCACAGGUUUAGUUGAUGAGGGUGGCGACACAGAGGCCAUGUCACUGGCCUUGACAGAGAUUGAAAGCAUCCAGGAUGAGCAAGACAUGUACAUACAGCAGCUUGAGCGGGAGAAAGCGGCUUUGUUGCGUAAAAUACAAGAGCUUGGUUCUGAAAUCGUCAGAACAUCCUCUGGUCCGGCAAGGAUGCCCUACUAGUUAACAACCAAUACACAGGAACAAAGAAUAGCCUUCACAGUUGUAUUCAUUGGCAAAGACCUGAAUUAUUUACAUAGAACUAUACUCUAGUGCAGAUAUGUUUUUGAACGAACCGGCACAGAGUGUGCCAAUUUCAUUGAAUAUAGCAUAGUGCAGAUAUGUUACCAUGUAAGUAGAUACACAGCAAGCAAACCACAAACUCAAGACUCAGUGCAGUAUAUUUUGUAGUGCUGAAAGACCAAUCAGUCCAUGUAACUUACUCUAUAAUCUAUAUAUAUGUACACAUCAAUACAUACAGACAAUUUAGGUGAAUCCUGAAA